AUGUUCCGGAGGCCCCGUGCCAGGGAGGCUGUUGUGUCCUUGGAGGCAUCUGCCUCCUCCAAGAAGCCAUGGACCCCACCUGUCGAGAAGACAGAGGAGGAAGCUGUGAGGAAGGAGCAGGUCCGGCCUGAGGAGUCCGUCAGCUCUGUCACGGACAACUUUCAAGCGUUCAUAAGUAACGAGGAGAUGGACGGUGAGGAGAGCCUGCAGGAAUCGGUUGAGCUGGUUUUCAAGAGGGCCGUGAAGAAACCAGACUCUGCUGGAGUCUUCGCCAAUCUGUGUCAGCGCCUCUCAACAGUUGAAUUCCAAUCCUUGUCCGACUGGUCGGCCAGCGUCUCCUUCAGGUCCCUGCUGGUCAAACACUGCCAGGCAGAGUUUAAGAAGAACUUUGACAGGGAGGACAUUUCACGGAAGGGGGUGUCCUGCCUAGAGCCAGUCAGGGACGUGAGGGUUAUUGAUCGACUGAGGGAAGAGAAGAACAACGCCAAACCCUCCUGUCGCUCCAUAAAUACCAUCCGGUUUAUUGGGGAGCUGUUCCUCUCCAAAGUUCUGGAUGAAAAAGCAAUGCACUACUGCAUCAGGAAGCUGCUGCAAAAUGGAGACGGGCCGUCUCUCGAGAGCCUCUCGCUGGUGCCAUCAUCCCCGCUGCACAGUGUUUACCCUUCACUGCCGCUGACCCCAGCCUCUUCCAGUGUCACCCCCGCUCUGACACAUGAGGCCGCCGACGGGGUACCGCGAGCCACUCGUCUGACCCCCGCGACCUCAUCUGAAGGAGGCCCCCCCCCCAGAGUGAAUAACACAGAGCCCACCGCACUGACUCAGAGAGGCGGCCCACAGUGA